AUGAUGAGUCAGUAUUGAGCUACGCCUUGCACAGCAAACAUCAUUGCAUACUUAAGAACUUCUGUUUGUGUUUGUGGAGUGUAUAUUAUAUAUAGAAAGAAAUAAAGAAUCAUGGUGAAAAGUGUCUGCGAAAUGGAAUUCAAAAGCAAUUUCUCCAUUGAUGCCAUUUUGGCUAAAAAACCAACAUCAACUGCAACAACCACAACAACAACAGCAGCAACAACACAAAAUAUUAUUAAACAAGAAAUCAUACAAAAUCAACACCAACAUCAACAUCAACAUCAUGCCUAUGUCCAUCCAUAUGCCAAUUCGGAUGGUGAACUAUCCGCAUCGGAGGAUUUUGAUACACCAUCACGUACCAGCACACCGAUGAGCAGCAGUGCCGCCGAAUCGAAUGAUAAACUCGAUGUGGAAUUCGAUGAUGAUGACGAUCAUCUGUUGGACGAGGAGGAGAGCGAUGACUGCGAGAGUCAGGCAAAUCCCAGCAAGAAGCAGAAACUAUCAUCGAAUGCGGCCAACGAUAACAAGAAGCCACCUUACAGCUACAACGCCUUGAUCAUGAUGGCCAUACAAGAUAGUCCCGAACAGCGUUUGACCCUAAACGGCAUCUAUCAGUAUCUGAUCAAUCGUUUCCCCUACUUCAAGGCCAACAAGCGGGGCUGGCAGAAUUCCAUACGCCACAAUUUGAGCCUCAAUAAAUGCUUCACGAAAAUUCCACGCAGUUACGAUGAUCCCGGCAAGGGUAACUACUGGAUUUUGGACCCCUCGGCCGAGGAAGUUUUCAUUGGAGAGACCACUGGAAAAUUGCGUCGCAAGAAUCCUGGAGCCAGCCGCACUCGUUUGGCUGCCUAUCGUCAGGCCAUCUUUUCGCCCAUGUAUGGUGGUGCUCCUGGUGGACCAUCGCCCUAUGGUUAUCCUGGAAUGCCGCCAUUUGCUGGUGCUGCAGCUGCAGCAGCUGCUGCCGCCGCUGCCCUCUAUCAACGCAUGAAUCCGGCUGCCUUCUAUCAACAACAUCAGCAGCCACCUCAAAUGCAAUACCAACCAGCUCCUCCGCCACCACAGCCCCAACUCCAGGGAUAUCCACCACAAUUGAGCGCCGAGUUGUUCCAACGCAUGCAAUUCUUUGGCAAAUUUCCACCAACAAGCGGCUAAAUGACGACCACCAAAGGGAGGAUCACGCCCAAAAGCGCUUUGGCAAAAAUCUAGGAGUGAGCACGAGAGGCAGAGAGAGUGAAGGGCAUAGCUGCUAAGCCUACUAAGUAGGCUACAAUCACCUCAAUGAUGACGAGGACGACGACGUCCAAAUCUUGACACACAAAGAAAAAUUUUGCAAUUUAUUUCGGCCUGGAAAGCCGCCUGCCCCCAAAUAGGACAACGUUCAUUUUGGUAGUAACGAAAUUUUGGGAAGGUCUGCGCCGAGCAAUACAAAUUGGCGAUCUUUUUUUUCGCUAAAUUGUUGGAGGCUUUUUUUGUUUUGAGAAAUAAUGUUAUCAAUAUUACAAAUUGUUGAAUAAAAAUCUGUAUUAUAAAUCAAA